GACUCAUACCCAGGACUGGGCUUUAAAAGAGCUGGAAGUUCCAAUCUUCGAAAAAAUUUAACAUCCAGACACAUCUCUGGUUCAGCUGGACGGCUUUCAAAGUUCACCCUUAUCUACGCGACAGAAUUGAAAAGACUUUCUGCAUCUAGUAAAUCUGAACUUUGCUUUAGAAGGAUGAACUGCCAAAUCUUUGUCGUCUCCAUUGUUGUGUUUGUAGCAUGUCUGGCCAUUGCUGAAGGAAAGAGUCUUGAGGGAUGUCGCUGCAUUAUAACGGAGAGUCGACGCAUAGGCAAACACAUAGAAAAGGUUGAACUCUUUCCACCCAACAUCCACUGCAACAACAUAGAGAUCAUUGCCACCUUGAAAAAAACUACGCUGGAGGUCUGUUUGGACCCAUCUGCCCCUUGGGUUAAGAAAAUAAUCGAGAGGAUCAUUGACAAGAAAUCACCAUGAAUCAGUCAACCAUCAGUGCACCAGGGUUGCUUUUUAAGUCCAAGUGGUCUUGAAUGACUAUACUGUUAUAAUUCAUUGUUUCUGCACCUGGAAAUGCAUCUUUUUAUUUGAAGUAUAUGCAAUAAAAUAUCACAAACAUCA